UAUCCUACUGGUACUAUCAGUAGGUGUUUCUUGAAGGUGUGCCAAGUCGCGUCGCCCGGAUGUAGCCAGAGGUUACACCCACUCUGCUGCUCCAGCCCGCUGUGCUCUGCCUCGUCCUGCUUUCAGACCCGGACUCGUGUGUGUCUUUUUCAAAGAUGUCUUUGAGUGAGAGAAGCGAUGAGGAGAUCAGUAAGCUCCUCACUGAGUACGGCAUCAAACAUGGACCCAUAGUCGACUCUACUCGAGGGCUGUAUGAGAAGAAGCUUGAAGUGGCCAUGGAGAACGCUCCGGUGGAACCCUCGUCUGAUAAGACCUACUACAGAGAGGAAGCGGAGGAGAUUACCUACAUCACAUACAGUCCGGUUAGACAAGAGGCGGACAUAGUGAAACGAAGAGGCAACUUUGAGCCAGAUGAAGAAGAAGAGUCGGACCAAGAGACAGAGCCCCCUGUCCACGUCACUAACAGAACAGCCAAUCACAGCGCAGUACGAUCCGCGGUACGAUCCAGGGAGCCGGCCAGAAAGUCUGGAGGCAGCGUGUGGAAGGCGAUCCGGCUGCUGCUGCUGUUAGCUGCGUUUGCAGCUGUCCUCUACUACGCAUACUGUCAUCUGGUGAUCAAUGAAGGAGAUCCUGCUAAAAUUCAAUGAUCUGAUUUAUUGUGAGGAUGUCAGGGUUUUCUAGUUUGACCACAUUCCAUAAACUUUUAAAGGCUGGUUAUAUUCUAUAUUUCUUAUUGUCGCCAAAUCAGUGAAAUGAACAAAACCAAACAAAAUAUCCAAAGCCUGAUAUGUCGUAUUCCUCUGUAUCAUCAGUGUUUCCCCAUUUUAUAUUUUCACCACUUUAUCUUGCCGUCAGACAGCACUUUCUAACGGGGAAAUUAACUGAAAGUGAAACUUAUCUAUGCUCUCUUCAAAGCAGCCAGACUCCGUUGACAAAAACAGUAACGAUAAGUUUUACUUUCAGUUCAGUUUACCAUCGUAAAAUAUUCUAAAUAUAACGUACAUUUAAAUUGAUAUUGAUUCUUUUAGGUGUCUAAAAUCUUCUUGCUGCUGCUUUUGCACUAUGUUUUCUAUCUAUGCAGUUUUGUGUGUUUGAUCUGUUGUAUGCAGCAGUUCUGUCACAUAUGUGAUUUCUUCUUAUGUGUGAGAUAUACAUGAUGUCAUUGUGAACUGAGGCCAUCUUUCAUAUUUCCAAGCUGUCCUCAUCACAUCUAAUCUAAAAGCCAAAGGAUGUUGUCUAAAUGUUUUGAUGAAUAAAAUCAAUCAGGUCCCCAGCUCC